AUGAAUGGCGCGACGGAUGCUCAAGAGCCCAAUGCGAAGAAGCAGAAGCUCGCUGCGAGCCAGGCUGAUUUUAGCACGUCACAGAAGUACAAUCUCAAGGAGCAAGAGACAGUCGAGUCUACCACCGAAUAUGGACAUUUCUUCCUCGAUCAGAUCCGCCGCACUGCCGACAAGAAUGGACGCAAGGUCUCUGGUUACUUCGAGACACUGCCUGACAAGGACAGCAACCCCGACUACUACAAGAAGACAAGAAUGCCCAUCUCCCUGACAAUGAUCGAGAAGAAGCUCAAUAACGGAGACUUCGCCACCCUUACCGAACUCGAAAGCUACUGCAAGCGCAUGGUGUCAAAUGCUAAGGAGUUCUACCCUCGCGGGAGUCAGCUCUUCGAAGAUGCAGAGAGAGUUCGGAAGGCCUUGAGUAACUUCAUGACCAAAUACAACCCUGCAUACGCAAGAGGUGGAUAUACGGCCGUCCCAACCCCUCUGCCCGCCGACGGCACUACCAACGACGCAGACGAAGAUGACAAGCACGCUCCUCAACAUGCAAGUCUCACUUUCCAGGCUGCCCAAGAGAAGAUUGUGGAGGAGAUGUUACGCAAGAAGGACGAUGGUGGUCAAGAGCCCUACUUCGAGCCUUUCGUCAACCUUCCUCCUCGCGUCCUGAAAGACUACUACAGGAUUGUAAAGGAGCCGAUCUCUCUGAAGAAGCUUCAGAAGGCUGUCAAGGGUGUCAGGGGUCGCAAUGAGGCAACAGGCACCAGCGAAUUCAAGAACUGGGUCGCCUUUGAGGAGACUGCGAGCCUGCUCUGGAAGAACGCUUUCUUCUACAAUGAGGAAGGAAGCGAGAUUUACGAGUUGGCCCAAGAGCUCGAGGAGUUUUGCAAGAAUGAGUUGAAGCAGGCCAAGGCGGCUGUUCAAGAGCCUGCACAGCCGAAGAUUAAGCUCAAGGUUCAGCAGCCGGCGUCCGAGCAGCCCGCGACAUCCAAGAAGAUCACAAUUCAUGUUGGAGGCAAGAGCGACUCGGGAGAGUCUCCUGCGCCACCAAUUGCCCUGUCAUCCGGGUCCCAGGUCGGCGACCAGACACCGGUUUCCAACGGUGUCUCGCGUCAGGGUGGGCUUCCAGCUAUUCCGGCUGCGAUGGACAGAUUUCGCAGCGUCUCCGUCGCUUCACCAAGCCCCUCGUUGGCCAACAACAUCAAGCGGGAAGACGCUGCUCGCCCUUCCCCAGCAGGGACGCCUGGUCACGGUGGCACACCUUCUGCCUUUCCGCCGCCCGGCGCCGGCCAGGCCGCGAACUUGUCCAAUGCGACCUUUCAGCCCAUUGGUGUUGCGCAACUCCAGCCGCAGACGAACGGUAUACAGCAGUCGCCAAGGCCUCUAUGGGACCAGACGAGACGAGCCCCAGGCAAAGGUGCUGCAGAUGCACUGAUCAGCAGUCUCAAAAUUCAGACACACCCGAUGGUCAACGUUGAGCGUCGCUUCGAGAUAACUCUGUUACCUCUGGAGAAAGAGGCACAUCAGUCCGUGACGGUCCACAUGCCGCUCAACCACUUGAGAAUCCAGAUGAUUCUGGUUGUUCCAUCGUCCCUGGAGAAAGAGGGCCGUCAGUGGAGACUGUUCGUGUUGGUCAACCGUCAGAUUGCCCACCAGGCUCAUCCUGUUCCCGGCCAGGUGCUACCCCUCGGCGCCAGAGUCUUUGAGGCUCAGCUCCAGGCUGGUGUUGUCAACAACAUCGAAGUCUCUGUUGCAGCCGCUCUGCCAAAGGGCCAGAAGCUGCCCAGCGGUGCAGAUUUUGAGGUGGAGCAGAUGACGGUGCUUGCUCACGUGGCUAAGAACUAG